AUGGUCAACCGUUACACUUGCCAGCACCAGCACCAGCAUUCUAACUUCCGCUUCACCCCCUUUCAAUCUGAAUAUCGUCCCCCAUAUGCUGCACCGGACCCUCGCAAUGGUGCUGAAGAUGAAGUGACAGAUGAAUCCAACACCAACAGAAAGAGAAUCGCUGUUGCGUGUGGACGUUGCCGAAAGCGCAAGAUCCGUUGCUCAGGUGACAAUGGCACUGGUGAGCCAUGUAUGAACUGUAGAAACGCUGGUGUAUCUCCAUGCCAAUUCCUUCGAGUUUCAUCUCUUGAAACCAACCUUAAGGACAGUGGCCGUCCCUCCCAGGUCCUCCCUUACGCGGGAUACUCUAGGUCAUACCCCGGAUGCGCUGAUGAAGCGCGGGCUAGACUGGCAGCCCAAUCUGCUGCCCCCCUUCCGUCGAUGUACGAAGAGACCGGGUCACCGUCCUGGGCCCAGGACCCCUUCACCUCAACUACAUAUAGAUCUGGACCCAGCAGUCCAGAGAAGCCCUAUACCUGGAGUACUAGCGGCUUCAUUUGCCAACUGCCUGAGGCGGAGGUCGGUUCUUCCAGCAACUUUGGCAACAUGUACGCCCAGGUGGAGGACGUGCGAUGCCAACUCGCCGCCCAUGAAAUGGCCCCAAUGAAGCACUUCAGUUAUCUCAACUCCGACCCUGGGUCAUACACCUUCUCCCCACAGCCGACCACCGCCAUGGCCACUACAGCCGCUAUGGUUGACCGCAGCCCAACUGCAUCGGGCAGCAGUUAUCCCCUGAACACUAUUCCCCACGGGCUUCUCCCCUCCUUGAUGACCGAGAAGCUCCACCUGCAUGAUACCACCCCCAGCAAUGAUCAAGCUGGGAGCAAGUCAAGCCCUUCGCCAACUAGCUCAAUCCAACCUCUUACUCCCUCCACCAGUUAUGGUAGCUAUACCACCUCUCCAGGAUCUGCCUACUCCGGUAUGAUUCCUGCUACCCAGGGAGAAACUCAUCAUAGCUACACUGGACUGGUUGGCACGUCGGCCUCUCUUCCUACACAGUUUCCGCCUCCUCCUACCAGCACCUAUGUUUACACCGACAUGAGCGCCCAGGCAGCGGCUCUUAACGCUUCUGGUCGACGAGCGGCUCAGGCUGAUUCGUCUCCUGUUUCACAGUUUCAGGCUCAUCAGAACUUGUGUCUUGAUGGUCUGUCUGAGGUUGAGCGCAAGCCUCCUACUAUGAACUAG